CGCGCACCGCCUCACCGUCAUUCUCGUCGCUGUGCCGCCUCCUGGACAUGUUUCACUCCGCUUCGCUGUUGAUGCAAGACAGCCAGACGAUACGAUGACUGAGAAAGAAAACAGUGAGUCCGUUAAACGACUUUAUAUGUGGCUCAUUCAGCCUCCAGCCGCUACGCGAAAAAUAACAGCGGUCUGAUUCAAGUGAAGCACAUCCGGCUCAACCGGAAGGUGCGACCGCCUUUGAUACUCUGAUUUUUCCGCUGCACGUUUGCAGGUUUGUUUUGUUUUUGUUUUUAAUAAUAUGUAUGACUUUAUAUUUACUGUUACUCAAACCGGUAAGUAGCGAACUGUAUAAGAGCUCUCUAACAGCAUGGCGGCGGAUGAUGCAGCCGGCUCAGAGUUCAUGAACUGGGAGAUUGAGUCUUCAGCUUGUAAUGGAUCCAAACACGAGAAGCAACUUUCUGCCCCACAGAGGAGGUACUUCAGCUUCUGCAGGAGGAAGUCAUUUGCUGCCUUUGUGGCAUCCAAGAGGGACGGCAGUCAAGAGGAAGGAAGGCCUUCGUGGUGCUGCUGCAGCCAGACCUUCGACGAGCACGCAGCCAUUCACAAACACGUGGCCCGAGCUCACAGUGCUGAAGUGCAGCAGCUCACGCGGGCCGAGUACGAGCGUUUGUUAAGCCAACUGGAAGAAGAGCCUGAAACACAGCAGGGGAACGAGCACAAGGCAGAAGCAGUGGACGUCUCUGCGUGGAUUCCCGAUAUCAGUCACAUCCCUGACAACCAACUUAAAAGCGGUCCAGGCAGAGUUCUGCUCUUCUAUCACUACUGUCAGGUCGAGGAUCCGCACGUCAUCUGUGCGUGGCAGAAAGCUCUGUGUGAGAAGCUCCACUUAACUGGCAAGGUGAGGGUGGCGACUGAAGGCAUCAAUGGAACGGUUGGUGGCACCAGCUUGGCCACUGACAUUUACAUAGAAUCAAUGCAGUCACAGCCACUGUUCAGGAUGGAUAGGGAGGAUUUUAAGACCAGUGAUGGUGGCGCAGAGUGUUUUACAGAGUUGAAGGUCGGGGUCUACAAGGAGAUCGUCCCAAUGGGAGUGGACCCUGAUGUUAUUUCUUACCAGCUGGCAGGAGUUCAUCUGGAGCCCGAAGAGUUUCAUAAAGAAGUGGAGGCUCUUCUGGCUAAAGGAGAUUCGCGCAAUGACACCAUCCUCCUGGACUGCCGCAAUUAUUACGAGAGUAAAAUUGGGCAGUUCACUCAGUGUCUGGCCCCAAAUAUCCGUAAGUUCAGCUACUUCCCGGACUACGUGGACCAGAACCUCGAGCUGUUCAGGGACAAGAAGGUCCUGAUGUACUGCACAGGUGGGAUCCGCUGUGAGCGUGGCUCCGCCUACCUCCGCUCCAAACAUGUGUGUAAGGAGGUUUACCAGCUGAAAGGUGGAAUUCAUAAAUACCUGGAGCGUUUCCCCGAGGGCUUCUAUCGUGGAAAGCUUUUCGUGUUUGAUGAACGCUAUGCCAUUUCCUCAAACAGUGACAUCAUCUCAGAUUGCAGGUACUGCCGGUGUCCGUGGGACCAGUAUAAGCUCUGCUCCACCCAGUUCUGCUGCCAGCUGGUUCUGUCCUGUCCCGGCUGUAGACGGGAUGGCCACACCGCUUGCUGCCCCACCUGCCAGAGCAAAGGAAAGGCUCAGACCGAGGAGACCUCACUUCACAAAGAGGAGUGCGAGUGCACCGACGGACGCCCCCAAAUCCCUCAAGAUGUGUGAACUGAUCGGACCUCAGUGCUCAAAGAUAACAGAAACGUUGUGUAAAAUCGCAGUAAAUUUUAAAGUGAGGAAUUUUUCAUACUUAUAUUGGGAAUUAAGUUGGAUAUAUUUGGAGGCUCAUGAAGGUGAUUUUAAUGAAACAUUUUAGUGAUUUUUAUUGAGUAAAUUUAGAAAAUAUCUGCUGAAUCCAUGGAUUUGAUCAUGUAAAUAUUGUAAACAUUUCAUUUGUAAUGAAAGCUCAAUUUCAACAUAUGUGUAUAUAAAUGUUUC